UGGACAUUUCAGCUACACAAGGAUGCAGAAGUUUGCUUUAGAUCUAAGUGGGAAAAGAAAAUAAAAUAAAAUAUACGAACACAAAUUACAGGCACCCGCACAAGUUCGCAUAACUUACGAAAUCUGAAGCAAAAUUCGGUACCAAAAAAACCUCAUCUACGGCGCCACGUUAUCGACCAGAUCGCGGCAAUUCCAGUUAAGAGGGAGAUCCUGAUGGUAGUUGAGUCUUGGUUUUGAUUUCCGGAGUCACCAGAGUGGGAGAAAAAAGGAGCAGAUCGGAUGGACAAGAGCAUGAAUCGUACUGAUCUGCUCGCCGCCGGACGUCAAAAGCUUCAACAAUUUCGCCAGAAGAAGGAUGGUAAAGGAAGUAGCAGUCGAGGAAAGUCUUCCAGAAAAUCCAACAAAUCUGAUGCUGAUGCAGCAUCUUCUGUUUCCAAACCAACAGUCCCGCCACAGUUCUCUGAAGGGGAAUCUACUGCCGUUGACUUGGAUGUGUCACAGUCGUCAGAGAGUUUACUGCCUUCUGGGCUUUAUUCUACUGCAGUUGUUUCAUCACCAGAGCUUACUAUAUCUGUUGCAGGAAAUGUUGAAACUGUAGUACCCCAUAAUGCUGGGUACCCACUGAGGUUGUAGCCCUUGGUGAACGUGAUAUUGAUUCUUCAGCCUCUAAUGGAGGGGAAAGUACCCCGUGUGUUAACAGUAUGAUGAGCACAGAAAUACCUUCCUCAACUGCAGAUAAAUCGGUUUCUGAAGGGGGAAGAAAACAUGGUAUUCUGCCACAUCCAUCUACGUCAGUUGUUGCCAUAGAAGGGACAGUGGUUAAACUAGAUUUGGAAGAUGCUAACAAGGAAAUAGGGCACAAUCCACUGUUUUCACAAGAUUUUCCUGAUAUGUCCUUAUCUCAAGCAAAGGGAAGAUCAUCAGGUACAGAUGUAGGGUCAAUGCAGGAAGCUGAUGGUUUGGGGUUGAACCAAUUUGAUAGAAGUGGUGAAAGAAAGUUUGAAGUUGAUGGUGAACUUCCGUUGUCCGAGCAUGUUGACUGUGUUAAACCUUUUGAAGGGGCUAUUUCAGAAGUAACUAGUGUGGAGGGGCAAUCCAGUGAGGCAGAACAGUCCAUCAGUUUAGAUGAUGCAUCUCUAUCUACCGCGGUUGCCUGCAGUUCCCAGGCAGAUGAAAGUUUGGCUGCUAAUUAUCAGUUGACAGAUAAACAUGCUGAAGGAGUAAUAUCUUGUUCACAUGUUGAAGAAGAACAAGAAAUGUGCUCUCCAUCUGUUGAUUAUGGUGAUGACAAGACUUCAGAAGAAAAACAGCAACAUUUACCUAAGGGGUCCUUUGUGUCUCGGGAUGAUAGUCAUGAAAGAUCUCAUCUGACAAAACGGGCAAGCUUAUCAGAUCCGACCCUGUCUUCUCAGAGAUGGUUCACCAGUCAGACUAUCUCAGCUGGUAGAGGUGAUAAGAAGUCUGGAUGAAGAUGAAUAUA